GAAGAGGUACGAAAGAUGUCUGUGUUUCUGUUGGCAGGCAUCUCGAUGCACAAGGGCUACGCCUUCGUCCAGUUUGCCAACGCCUUCGACGCUCGCAGCGCCUGCCUGGGCGAGGACAAGAGAGUGGUGCUCGGGCAGACACUAGAUGUUAAUUUGGUGUCAGAGCCGAAAGCUCACCAAACUGGUAGAAAGAGACAAAAUAUUACGAAAACUGGGAACGACUGGGAUUACUACUAUGAUAGCUACUACGCGUCCGUGGGGCUGUCGGCCGGGCCGCCGCCGCAGCAGCGCCUCGCGCCGCCCCCGGGCCCGCCGCACAAGCGCGCGCGCCUCAUGGUGCCGCUGGCGCGGCCGGUGCCGCCCCCGGGCCCGCCGGGCUCCCCCGGACUGAAGCACGCGCCGCCCCUCAACGGCCACCCGCUCAACGGCCACCUCCUCAACGGCGGCCCGCCCGUGGCGCACCUCCAGCCGCACGCGCCCGGCCCGGGGCCCGCCUCGCCGCCGCUCAACGGCCACCACCCCGCCACCAUCAACGUCUUCAGCAACCCGGACAUUUUAAUAUGCGGCAACUGUCGGGAGAUGUACACGGACCUCCAGGAGCUCCUCAGCCACAAGAAGGCGCACUGCAAGUUACGGUUCGCCUGCAAGUGUCACACUCUGCCGGAGGGGAAGUCAAAGUUGUUGUCCCCGGCAGAUCACGAGGCCACCUUGCUGUGCUCGUCGUGCCGCGCGAGCUUCAGCUCCGCCUGGGACCUGAUGGUGCACGUGCAGGCGGCGCACAUGCUCAACAUCUACCAGCUGGGCGUGCCCGAGGGCGCGCAGCACGACGGGGCCCCCGAGGGCGCGCACGACGCCGGCGACCUGGAGCCGAGGAGUCCGAUCUCACCCGCCGGCUCCGGGCGGCAGUCACCGUCAUCAGAAACACCGCCCAAGUCGCAACAACUGGCAGCAAUAACAGGGCCGCAGCUGCUGCAGCAGUCGCCGCAGCCGUUACCGCAGCUGCAACCGCAACUACUGCAACAAGUGGACCAAACUCUUUCGCUAACCGCCCCCCAGCUGUCGCCGCAGCCGAACCAAACUAAUCAACAACCUCUGCAGCAGCAGCAGCAGCCCCCACAACUGGCGUCCGAGAGGCUGCAGUGCCCGGCGCCCGACACCAACACCGCCUCGCCGUCGGCGUUCUCCGAGCCGGACGAGGCGACGACGCCCAUCCCGGACGUGGCCGUGGCCUCGCCGGCGGCGUCCACCUCCUCGGAGCUCGAAGCCGGCGUCGUGGUGGCGUCGUUGGCGUCGCUGGUCGGCGCCACGCUGCAGUGCAACCUCAAGGCGGAGCCGCUCAAGUCCGAGGACGAGGUGCUUCUGGCGCCAUCCCCCGAGCCGCAGAGCAAGACCGCCUGGGAGGCUCAGCAAGUGUGACCCGGCGUGGUCUAGCGGGACCAGGUGCGACCGGGUGUGACCGCCGCCACAUCGGUCCAUCACUUCACGGAGUCGCAGCAUCAAGCGGCCGCGGCGCCGUUCCGAGCUUCGCGAUAUGCUCCAGAUAGUUAUCUUCUCUGCUCGAUUCGACAGCAAAACACUUCACAUAUUACUUCACGUCCGUUAUGUUUAUUCAGCUGUGCGUCCAAUCUUCCCGAGAACAGAAAUUGUUGUCAUCCCCUCUUUCUCCCCGGUGCUGUGUUAUCUUUCGGUAGGAUAAUUUCUAUACUUAGACACUUUGACCACUUUGGUUAGAAACACAAUUGUAUAGUGUUAUUUUUUCUAGAGCAAUAUAUUCUAGUUAGGUGGUGGAUUUGUUUCUUUUUUUCAAUCUAAGUCGGUGUGUGAGUAAGUGUGUAUGUGUUGUGUCCUUGUGUGUAUGUGUGUGAGAGAGAGAGAGAGAGAGCGAGAGGGAGUGAGAGAGAGUCAGUCUGAGCCGAACAGAGCAGCACGAUAUUGUCAAGCUUGAUGUGAUGAUGUCCGAUAUCGAUCCUCUGUCAUCCCGUUCCUUCCCGUCACAAAUACACUUCUAUUCAAUUGGUGCCACAAUAGAGACGGGUGGGCGCCGGCGCGCCGCCAGGCCGGUGUAACAGAGCGAUUGUACCCCCCCGAGUUGGAGUACCGCCGGUACAUCAGCUCUAGGGUACCUGUACCCCCCCACCCUCGAGCCCCGGGGGUACACCGAACCUAGGGCUGGGGUACCCCCGGGGGUACACGAUCUCUAGGCCAGAGAUACCCCCCCUCCUCGACCCCCGGGGGUACACCUAACCUAGGGCUGAUGUACCCCCGGGGGGUACAUGGUCCCUCGGGCAGAUGUACCCCCCCUUUUCGACCCCCGGGGGUAAACAGUACCGAGGGCUGGUGUACCCCUCGAGCCUCGGGGGUACACCCAACCUAGGGCUGUUGUACCCCCCGGGUUUACACGAUCCCUAGGGCCCAUGUACCCCCUACCUCGAGGGUAAGGGAUCUACCAUACCUCAUGUCUUCGAGGGCACAUAUUCCGCACCACUAAAGUGGCCAGAUCUAAUCUAGCCUAACCUAGCCUAACAUAACCUAGCCUAACAUAACCUAAAGCGAGCUUUGAUUAACUCUAGGUGUUGUGCGUACGAAUCUCGGGUGAUACAUAAACUCUAGGGUACGUGUGCCCCCCUCAGAUGGGGGUGCAUCAGCUCUAGGUUCGCUGUGCCCCCGGGUCUCGAGGAGGGGGGUACAUGUGCCCUAGAGAUCAUGUACCCCCGGGGGGUACACCAGCCCUAGGUUCUGUGUACCCCCGGGGGUCGAGGGUAGGGGGGUACAUGUGCCCUAGGGACAGUGUACCCCCCGGGGGUACACCAGCCCUAGGUUGGGUGUACCCCCGGGUCUCGAGAUGGGGGGGUACAUGUGCCCUAGGGACAGUGUACCCCCGGUACACUAUACCUAGGGCUGAUGUACCGGGGGGGUGCCGGGAGCCGGGGGGUAAAACCACUCUGCGACACCGGGACUGCCACAGUCUGGAAAGAAAAUGAAAGCACUACAGCAUGCAGCAAAAGUAAAUCUAUUCAGUUUCAAUAUGCGGUAGUUUUUUGUCGUUUGUGGUUUUAUGAGAAGUCAGUAAAACUGCAACGCGAGGCUAAGAUAGUGCAUUUUCUUGGGUGUCUAUGAGUAUGUCAUAACAGCUUUUUUAUUCAAAAUAUUUUAUGAACAACUGUUAAAAGCUACCAAGAAAUAUUUUCUUAUCUUCACGUAGAAUAAUAUAAAAGUCUCAGAGAGUUAAUGGAAAGUAAAAGUACCAAAGUGUGAACGAGCGCUAGUCAAAUAUAUUGUUAUCUUGCUUUUUGUGUUACAAUAAUGUUGUCCCUUACCGUUUUCAAAUUACCUUAUGUACUUGCUCGUACUUGCAAGUUUAAAUGUCUUUAGGUAUGCCUGUUAGGUAAAUAUGUGAUCAAAAGUAGCUGUGUAAGCUGUUUUAUUCUGUUUGUUAUGAUCAAGCUUUUUCUCCUUUUUUCUUGAACUAAAAAUGUGUCAGUUCUGAGUGUAUUUCUGUGCCUUUGUGAUAGUAUCUCUUAAAUGUUAGCCGACAAUUAAAUGCUCACUGUCAGCUUAACAAAGCAUUUUGCAGAGUGAAUUGCGGAAUACUGAGACAUAUCAUAAGAUAAAGAUUUUACUUGAUAUCAAAUUUAUAUAACCCCUAGCGGAUUCUAUUCGAAAAAUGAUACACAGAAUAAUAGGAAUAUAACGUUAUGGGCCUUUCCGGCAAAGAGCAUUGACUGUAUUGUAGGAUGAAUUUAAUAAAUGGAUGAGAACGUGAUAAAUCA